ACACUGGGUGUCGGGGGGGGGCAGCGCCCACCCAUGGAUGGUCCUGAGGCCCCAGGUCCUAGCCCAGAUGCCGCCUGCAAAGAAGGAGCCAGGGGCACCCCGACAGAAGGCCAGCCGGCCCCAGAGGAGGCGCGUGUCCCCUCGGCCCCCGACGCCGGCCCUCCCCCUGCCUUCACCUCCAGCUUCAGCUUCAUCCGGAGCUCGCUCUGUUCGGCCCCCGGGGAACCGGGAGAGGCAGAGGGCUGCCCGCCUGCCAGGAGGGCCGAGGGCGCGGGGGCCAGAGCCGCCAGCCCUGAGGGGCCCCCCCAGGACCCUGGACGUCUCCCUCCCCCGGAUCGCCCCGGGGGCGAGGGGGCCGCCGGCCGCUGGGACCCGCUGCUCCGGGAGUGCGAGCCCCUGCUGCAGGGCUGUCUGCUCGGCCUCCGCCGGCGGCUGGAGGUGAGCGCUGUACGACGGGAGCUCCAGAAGCUCCAGGAAAAGGCCAUGGAGGAGGAGGAUUACGAUAAGGGUGAGUUCGGCUUGUGGAUCGGCUGUUCCCUCUUUUCCAGAAUGUUCCGUGUCUCACUCCCUUCCCGCCUGGAUUGGCUGCCUGCCCCCCAGCUGAACUGGGAGGAGGAGGAGGAGGAGCUCAGUCUGCCCUUCCAGCUCCCCUCCAGGCAGCCGGCCCUCCGCAGCCUCCUGGUCCACCUGGGAGCCCAGGCCGAGGCCGCCCUGCACCGGGCGGCUCAGCAGCCGGGCGGCCAGGACCCCCACAACCCCCUUUGCGAGGAGCCCCCCGCCGAGGACCUCCCGGAUGUGUCCGUCGCCAGACGAGACCGGCUUCUUCAAGAGAAGCAGCAGCUGCAGGAGGAGAUGGCGGCCCUGCAGGCCCGGAUGUCCAUGCUGGCAGCGAGGGACCGGCAGCUGAGCAGGGAGCUGGCCCUGCAGCAGCAGCAGCAGCAGCGCCUCCGGUGGCCGGACUGUGACCUGCGGCCCCUGCUGGACGGGCUGACCCCGGGCGAGCUGCAGGAGGUCCGCCAGGCGGCCAGGGACGCGCUGGCCCCGGCCGGGCAGACCCCCCUCCCUGCAGGGCCUCCUGAGACCACAAGGAGCCUCCAGGGAAAGCUGGAAGCCCUCAGCCGGUCCCUGAAGGAGCUCAGUGCCAAGGUGUGCGGCUCCCAGAGGCUGUGCGGCUCCCUGCGCAGGAGCCUGCGGGAGAUCGAGGCCCCGCUCCCGGCGCUGCUGGAGGCCAAGGCGCUCGCUGUGGCAG